AUGGAAGAGCCGCCGGAGGGGCACGGCCACCGAGACGCGGCGCCCGGCCCGGCGAGCAGCGGCAGCGGCAGCGAUGGCGAGAGCGUCCCCGUGUCCCCCAGCCCCGCGCCCGCCUCCCCCGCCGCGCCCUGCCCCCUGCCCCUGCCCCGCCGCCGCCACCCGCCGCCGCCGCCGCCGCCGCCCCACCGCACCACCAACUUUUUCAUCGACAACAUCCUGAGGCCGGACUUCGGCUGCAAGAAGGAGCCGCCCGCGCCGGCCGGCGGCGGAGGAGGAGGAGGCAGCCGGGAGCGGGACGGAGACCGGGGGCAGAGCUCAGGUAGAGAAAACGUCAACCCGCUGCUGGCCCGGCCGCCCAACCCGCCCUCCCUCCUCUGCCCGGACUCGAACUGCCGUCCCGACGGCUCCGCGCCGCCGCCGCCGCCCGCAGCCGCCGCCGCCAAAGCCAGCCCCGCCGCGGCGGCGGCGGCGGCGGCGGGGGCGGCCAAGCCCCCCGCCGACGGGGGCGAGACUCACCCGGCGAAGUACGGGGAGCACGGCAGCCCCGCCAUCCUCCUCAUGGGCUCUAAUAAUGGAGGACCUGUUAUAAAGCCCGACUCGCAACAGCCGCUGGUGUGGCCUGCCUGGGUCUACUGCACUAGGUAUUCAGACAGACCGUCCUCGGGCCCCCGCACCAGGAAGCUGAAGAAGAAGAAGACGGAGAAGGAGGACAAGCGGCCGCGGACGGCGUUCACGGCCGAGCAGCUGCAGCGGCUGAAGGCGGAGUUCCAGGCGAACCGGUACAUCACGGAGCAGCGGCGGCAGAGCCUGGCCCAGGAGCUCAGCCUCAACGAGUCCCAGAUCAAGAUCUGGUUCCAGAACAAACGAGCCAAGAUCAAGAAGGCGACGGGCAUCAAGAACGGGCUGGCGCUGCACCUCAUGGCCCAGGGACUCUACAACCACUCCACCACCACCGUGCAGGACAAAGAGGAGAGCGAGUGA